AUGGAAUCUAACGGAACAUCACUUAAGAUGACGCCUGCCUGGUUCAAGUUGAAUGAUCAACAAGCAGUAUUGAAAGAUAUUGUUUAUCCACCAGCUAUUAACGAUAAUCAACCAUUCGAUACUAUAGCAGCUUAUCGAACAUUUACUAAUAAAUCAAAAGAUUUUUGCCGAAAACCAAUAAAUAUUGCUGAAGAUUCAACAGAAACACUCAUACUUGUUCUCGAUGCCUUCGCUCGCAAAUUCAAUGGCAAUCUGACUAUCACCAUGAAUGAUGUGCCAGUUGAUGACAGUUCUCAUUGUUUAGCUUGCGGUAUAGGCAAUCUUGGCAAUGUUCAUAUGCUUACCAACAACUAUGUACCAAUGGCCAAAGAUUGCGAGAAAUCAGAAAUACUUGAAUCUGAAAUGAGAGGUGGAUAUCCAUACUAUCGUCCGAUUGGUUGGUAUCGUCACGCAUUAAAAAUUGAUCAUAAGCAUCUGGAUGAUGCGACCUGGCUCAGUUGUGACAAUGCUGAUGACGAAUGGCCAGUUGCAUUUCAAGGAACACAUCAAAACACCAUAAACAAUGGUUCACUUCAAUUUGAUGGAAUCGAAAUGAAUGAACCACGACUCUAUUUAGCCACUCAUUGUAAUGGUGGAUCUCACCCACGAUUUACAGAAGUAUUUCCUGUUAAAGUAUCUAAUAAGAAUACAGAAAAUUAUCGGCUGGUGUUUCAGUGUCGUGUUCAACCGAAAAUGUUCACCGUUCAUGAAAGCUCAAUAGAGAAAGGAGAAAUGUGGCGCUUUGCCGAUCCGAAAGCUAUUCGACCGUAUGGCUUAUUGUUAAAAAAAGAAGAAGAAUCAUAA